CUUCCCAUCAGCCCCCGCGGCGGGAGCGACGCGCGAUGGAGCCGCACGAGGCCCCCCCCCUGUGCCGGGAGCUCUGGGGGUCCCUGGAGGCCGCCCGGUACCGGGGGGACCCCCGGGGGGGGCUCCAGCGGCUCCAGCCCCCCGGGGCCCGGCCCGGCUCCUGCCUGCGCCAGCUGGCUGCGCGGGUGCUGCUGCCCCAGGGGUACCCCCAGAGCGUGAGCCCCGAUUACCUGCGCUACCAGUGCUGGGACUCGCUGCAGGCCCUGUGCAGCUCCCUGGCCGGGGCUCUGGCCACUCGCGCCGUGCUCCAGGCCAUGGGGGUGGGCGACAGCGCGGCCACGGCCACCGGGGCCACCCUCACCUGGGUGCUGCGCGACGGGGUGGGGAUGGUGACACGCCUCAGCUUCGCCUGCCUGCAGGGGAGCCGCCUGGACUGCGAGGCCAAGCAGUGGCGGCUGGCAGCUGACGUGCUCAAUGACGCGGCGCUGCUGCUGGAGCUGCUCGCGCCGGGUUGGCCGCGCGCCGGCCCCGCCCUCCUGACGCUGGCGGCGGCGGCCAAGUGCGUGGUGGGGGUGGCGGGCGGCGCCACCCGCGCGGCUCUGGCCGUGCACCAGGCCCGCAGGGACAACGUGGCCGAGGUGGCCGCCAAGGACAGCAGCCAGGAGACGCUGGUGAAUGGGGCCGGGCUGCUGCUGGCGCUGCUGCUGCUGCCGGCGCUGGACGGGCGGCCGUGGCUGACGUGGGGGGUGGUGGCGCUGCUGCUCGUCACCCACUUGGGCGCCAACGUGGGGGCCGUGGGGGCGCUGCUGCUGCCCACCCUCAACAGGCCCCGCCUCCGGCUGGCGAUGGGCGGGGCCUUGAGGGGCGGGGCCGAAGGAGGCGUGGCCAAAGGGGGCGGAGCCAAAGCGGGCAAAACCACCCGGCCCGAGCCGGGGGGGGGGCAGCGGCGCCACCAUCGUGGUCCCAGGGCCCCAUGAGGUGAACCCCCGCGAGCCGCUGCUGCCCGGCUUCAGCACCCGCCUCCACCUCCACUUGGGUGCCCCCCUGCACCGGCUGGUCAAGAGGCUGGGUGGGGAUCGGGCUACGCCGGGGGGCCCCCCCCGACACCCCGCUGCGAGCCUGCGCCCACGCCAUGCUGCUGGAGGAGCUGCUGGGCCCCGACCUGCCCCACGGGGCACCCAUGGGUGCUGCCCUGCGCCCGCUGCAGCUCCGCCUGCGCCGCUGCCCACCAGGGUCGGUGCCAUGGGGGGUCCUGGCCGAGAGCACCCGCCUGUGGCACACGCUGUUCCCCGCCUUCCUGCGCGGGCUGGCGGCCGCCGGUUGGGAGACGCAGCGCCACCUCCUGGCCCCCGACCAAUGGGAGCUCGAGUGGGGGGAGCCGGGGGGCGGGGCCUCGGCGGAGAAGCCCCGCCCCCAAUGAGCGGAUUUACCCCAGCGAGCCCCAAAACAGGGACCAAAAACCGCCAGUUUUGGGUCAUUCCUAAAAAUGUGCAAUUUCCUGA